AUGGAGAACGUAAACCAAACAAUGGUGAGAACCUUCAUUCUUUUAGGAGUUUCCAAUGCUCCUGAACUACGGCUGCCGUACUUCCUGUUGUUCUUUCUGAUGUAUACAGCAACAUUGAUUGGUAAUCUUCUACUGAUCAUUGUGGUAAAACUUAAUUCCCGUCUCCAGACACCUAUGUACUUCUUCCUCAGCAACCUUGCAUUCAUUGAUAUUUGCUUCUCCACCACCAUUGUCCCAAAAAUUCUUGCAAACACUAUAUCCCAUGAUCGGUUAAUUUCCUUUUUGGGAUGUGCAACACAAAUGUAUUUCCAUUUGGCUCUAGGAGCUACAGAAUGUUUAAUAUUGGCUGUCAUGGCCUAUGAUCGAUAUAUUGCAGUAUGCAAGCCUUUGCAGUAUAAUGCUAUUGUAGACAAAAAACUUUGCCUGUCUAUGGCUUCUGGAUCAUGGAGUGUCAGCUUUUUGAACUCUGUGAUCCACGCAGUCUUCACUUUUCAGUUGCCUUAUUGCAAGUCCAACCAUGUAAACCACUUUUUCUGUGAGAUGCCACCACUUUUCCGGCUUUCAUGUACAGAUACGUGGUUCAAUGAAAUUGCUGUAUAUAUCUCUGGUGGACUUAUCGCCCUUUGUUCAUUCCUAUUAACAUUGCUAUCUUAUGUUCAUAUAAUUUCUGCUAUACUAAACAUCCACUGCUCGAAAGGAAGACAAAAAGCUUUCUCUACUUGUUCAUCCCACCUUGUAGCUGUGUCCCUCUACUAUGGAACCAUUAUGUUUAUGUAUUUGCGCCCACGAUCAAUAUACUCCCCAAAUCGGGAUAGAGUCGUCUCAAUCCUUUAUACAGUAGUGACUCCAAUGUUGAAUCCCAUCAUCUACAGUGUAAGGAAUAAAGACUUCACUGAAACCACCAAAAAGACUAUUAGCUCAAUAUUGUACUCCAGAAGUAUGUAG